AUGACCAUGCCCUACAACUCUUCAGCAUCAUCAUCCCGACAGGCGGUCUUGGCUGCUCUUUCUGACGUCGUCACCGUCAGCCCCAACGCAGAUACCGACGCUCGUUCCGCUGGCUUCUCCAGACACGCCCAUCACCCAUCCUACGAUCCCGAAUCAUCUUAUACCGGCCUUCAACCUCUGCCUCAUUUCGAACCUCCAACCAUGGUCCCCGCCAAGAGCCCAUUCGAAGACCCCAACCUUCCGCCGCCUCCCGCGCUUCCUCCCAAGUCUGGCACUACCAUGGCGCACAAGUUCGCCAACGCCUUCCGCCGGCAGACUUCCGACGACAAGGCCAAGAAGCGCGCCAAGGAUAAGCGCAUGCAGGACGAGAUCAAUAAGACCACCGCCAAAGCGAGCCGCAUGGACAUUAUCGAUCGUCUCGACCUCUCUGGAAUCAACGGGUCCAGCAUGUUCCACCACGACUCGCCAUACGAUGCCUGCACACCACACAUGAACAAGGGGAAGCGCGCUCCCGUCGGUGCGUUCGACCCCAACGUCGACCCCAUGACCGGCCUUCCGCGCAACGCACCAGGCGCUAAGCAGGGCGCCUCCCGCUCCACGGCUCACGAUCAGCUCGCCGCCAACGACACCCCCGUCGAUGAGAAGCGCACCUCCAGACCGGGCGUCAAUGCCAACGGCAGCCGCAGCCGUAGCGCCACUGCUCCUCUCGUUCCCUCGCUCUCCAUGCAUGCCCAAGGCUCCACCGCAGAGCUCCCGCUUGAAGACGAUGAGGUUGACGCUGAUCGCGACGCAGAAGCCGAGCGCAUUUGGCGAAGCCGUCAGGGCUACCACACCCAGCCCUCCAACAUCCCCGACAGCCGCUACGAUGUCUCGAACCCCAACGCCGACGUCUGGGGCGUCAGUGCAGAACCCUGGCAGGACUUUGCUCAACCCAAGGCCGCCGUCCGCUCCUCCCAUCUCAGUCCUUACUCGGCCAAUGGUGGCGAACGCAGCGGCAUCUUGAGCGCUGCAAGCAGUGUGCUCGACAUGGAAGCCAUCAUGACGGGCAAGAAGAAGCCAAGCCGAGGCAAAGAAGAGCUCGCAGCCGGUAGCGCCAGCCCCUUCCCCGAGCCCAACUGGGACGAGAGGUCGUCUGCUGCUGGCGCGUCGUCGGAUGCACCCAAGCGUAGCAAGAGUCUCAUCAAGCGUAUCCGCAGUAUGCGUGAAAACCCCAAUGUGCCACCACCCGAGGAUGGCGUCGAGAUGGGUGUGCGCGACCGUCGCCGUCGAGCAGCUCAACACAAGCACUCGCCCAGCACGCCGCCCCUGCGAUCGGAUUACUCGGCUGCCGGCGCACCGACAUCUUCGACCUAUGACUCGCGUGCUGCAGCUGCUGAUGCUGCCGUAGGCACACCCGUCAACAGUGGCAGCUACGGCCGUCGAAGUGGCCGCAAUGUUGUCACACCCAACGACAGGGAUGUGCUCACACCGCGAGCCAACCAGCGCGCCGAAGACUCCUCUUACUUUCAACAGCAGCAACUCUCGUCUUCGCACGAUUCCAGGACCGGCCGCUCUCCAGCAACUGAGGGUCAAGGUCUGACUAGGAACGGCAGCCUGUUCAACAAGCUCAGAAGGGGCCAGAAGGGUUCGCCUAAGUCGACUGAGCGUCCUGCUGCCUAUGCGUGA